AUGGAAGUAGAUCUGGUCAUCCGUAACGCUACUGUCGCGACAGCUUCCGACAUCUUGCCUAACCAGGACAUUGUCGUGAAGGACGAACGCAUCCUCUGCCUCGGUCAAGGCCUAUCAGCUCUCUUCAAGGCGAGACGCGAAAUUGAUGCAGAGGGCGCCUUCGUCACCCCGGGCGGUAUCGAUUCCCAUGUCCAUCUGCACCAGGACAACUCUCCGACAGGGGACACAUUCGCAACCGGCACACGUUCUGCAAUCGCAGGCGGGACCACCACCAUCCUCGCCUUCGCAUCGCAAGAGCGCACGGACGAGAGCCUCUUCCCCGUCGUCGAGGAGUACCACCGACGGUCGGCCGGCCAAUCGUACUGUGACUACGGGUUCCACCUCAUCCUCACGAACCCGACGCCAAAGAUUCUACAGCAGGAGCUCCCAGUCCUAGUGAAAGACGAGGGCAUCAGCUCGGUAAAGCUGUACAUGACAUACCAGCCCCUGAAGCUCGUGGAUCGCCAGAUCCUGGACGUGAUGACCAGCACGCGCGCGCUGGGCAUGACGACGAUGGUGCAUGCGGAGAACAGCGACAUGAUCGACUGGAUUACGGAGAGGCUGGAGGAGAGGCGGAUGACGGACCCGUACUACCACGCCGUGAGCAGGCCCAAUAUCGCUGAGGACGAGGCGACGUACAGGGUGAUCUCGCUGUCGGAGCUGAUGGACAUACCCAUCCUGAUCGUACACAUGUCGUCCAAGAUCGCUGCGGCGCAUGUAAGGAAGGCGCAGACGCGCUUGCUCCCCAUCCAUGCAGAGACGUGCCCGCACUAUUUGUUCUUCAAGAGUGACAGACUCCGCGGCGAGCACUUCGAGGGGGCCAAGUGCGUAUGUUCGCCGCCUCUACGGGAGGACCAGAUGGAUUUGGACGCCAUGUGGCAAGGGCUGAAAAAUGGAACAUUCACCACGUUCUCGAGCGACCAUGCCCCAUCGAAAUUCGACCAUCCACAAGGCAAGAAAGCCGGCCUUGUCAAUGGUACUACGAGCUUCCGCAAGAUCCCUAACGGUCUUCCAGGACUAGAGACGCGCGUGCCUGUCUUGUUUUCUGGUGGAGUGCUCAAAGACAAGAUAUCCAUUCAGAAGUUCGUCGAGCUCACAAGCUCGAACCCAGCAAAGCUCUACGGCCUGGACAAGAAGGGUACCAUCGCACCCGGCUUCGACGCCGACUUGGUGAUAUGGUAUCCAUCAAGCAGGAAGAUGACACCAUUCGCCCUCACUAACGACAUGCUCCAUCACGACAUCGACUAUACUCCUUUCGAAGGCAUGGAGUUUGAAAAUUGGCCAAGGUGGACGAUACUAAGGGGUUCGAUUGUCUGGGAUAGAGAAAAUGGCGGCAUCGUGGGCCAGAUGGGAUAUGGCAGGUACUUGAAGAGAGGCCGCAGCACGUUAAGCAAGCCCCGAGAGGUUUUCGUAAACGAGUUCAGACCCUAUUAGACAGCAUAUUAUUGAAAAAUCCGACAAAGGCAC